UCAAGAGCCACUGCCUCGACCACAAGAGCUUGUACGACUGUCAGUGGCAGAAUCUCCUCACGCGGAUAGAAGAUAAACAUUAAGCAGGGCUAACAGAUGUUCACUUUGUAUAAACUUGUUGUUUGUGCCGGUGCAGAGGAUGUCCAGAGCUGACUGGGGUUUUCUGGAGCACCUGCUAGAAGAGGGUCAGGAGUACUCGACGGGCGUUGGACGGGUGUGGCUGACCGUGCUCUUCCUCUUCCGCAUGCUCGUGCUAGGCACGGCGGCCGAAACUGCGUGGGACGACGAACAGUCCGACUUCGUCUGCAAUACUAAACAGCCCGGCUGCGUGUCCGUCUGUUAUGACAAGGCGUUCCCCAUCUCCCACUUCCGGUACUUUGUUAUGCAAGUCAUCUUCGUUUCUACCCCGACCAUUUUUUAUUUUGGCUACGUGGCCCUCAGGGCCGGAGAUAAAAGGGGGAAUGAAGAGAAGCUUGAAGAGGGCAGGAAACAAAGACAACAUAAAACCAAUGAUCGUACGCUGGAGGUCAUCGUGGAAGAAGAUGAAGAUGUUGAAGAGAAAUCCAGAGAGAGGAAAAGCAAAGCUUCCGAAGCUCCAAAGCUGAAAGGACGGCUUCUGUGUGCUUAUGCAGCGAGCAUAGCCUUCAAAGUUCUUCUCGAAAUCGGCUUCAUUGUAGGUCUGUGGUUUCUAUAUGGAUUUGUAAUUGAGCCCAGGUAUGAAUGCCAGAGGUUUCCCUGUCCUCACACUGUGGAUUGCUUUGUCUCCCGACCGACUGAAAAAACGAUCUUCACCGUUUAUACCCAAGUCAUUGCAGUGAUCUCCGUCCUCCUCAAUAUUGUGGAGCUUUUUCACCUGCUUCAGUUAGCGAUAGCUUACAGACUAGAGAAGAGGUACCAAUGUCAGGCGGAGAUCAUUCAAUUUAUCAGUAGAAAUCCCUCAAAAGCAGUACCCGCGGAAUCAUUUGAGGAGAGGGAACGCGUCUUCCUACCAAUAGCGAACAACAGCUUCCCUUCCGAAUGGGACAACAAAGAACCACACUUGACGGAGUACACGCUCCCUAGCUAUUUAAACUGCAUAAACAAUGUGAAACAUGCUACACACAAAUGCUCCUCAACAAUCCAUCUUCACAAGAAGCACCAGAAGACCGACAACAAAGACAAAACCUCCAGACCAGGACAUUACGUUUGAAGAGCAGAACAGUGAGAACUUUGAGGGAUUAGACGCAUGAACAUCAGUGUUUUUCUGUGCAUCAGAGAACCAUUUCCGUUAUUUAGAUAGACGGGGAAAUGGGAUGUGGGAUGGACCGUCUUUAGUGAUCUAUGGCCAGAUAUAGAUGUCUCAAAUGCUUGAGAUAAGUUCUAGGAAACACAAGCAGGAAAUAUUUAAACAAAUACACUGAUAGAAACAGAACUACACAAGGGUAGUUUGAAGUCAGAUAAUGAAUGUCUAAUACGGUACAGCUUAGUAAAUACCAAACUGUAUUUAAGACCAAAGUGAACUAUGUGAAAGUGAACCAACAAUUUCAAUAUUUAAAAUGUAUUUAAAUUUUAAAAACAAUCAUUUUGUAUUUUUUUAUAUUUAAAGAUGUACUUUUAUUAAAGGACUGCACAAUAAGCUCUAUAUGUGUUCGUCCAUUACAAGAUUGUGUGUUGUACAUCAAAAUUACAAUAACCGAUAUAAUUUAUAUUAUACUGUAUUUAAAAAAAAAAUGGACAUUUUUCACAUUUCCGGGUUUCACAGCAGCGGAAGUAGACAUUGGUAGGUAAACUUCUAUAGCGGUGAAUGAUAGACUACCACAAAUAUAUCUUUAGUACUUCAUUUGCUCAAAUAGCAAAAGAAAAACUCAAUGAUUGUGUUUCCACUACUGUCAGCUAAAAAUAAAAAAGACGAUAAAAUAAAAUAGUAAAAUAAUUGUGUCUGAUGACAGCAGUCAAAAGAGAGAAUGAUCUAAAAAUGACUGUGGCUCCCACUGUAUAAGAAACACCCUCCCAUAAGCGUUAAAUUUUUGUGUAGAUUUAUGCAAAGGUAAUAUAAUGCAAAGUAUAGCGUUAUAAACUUACAUAAAAAAAAUAUAUAUAUAUAUAUAUAAAAGUUUUGGAUGAUUCACAAUGCUGAUGACCGUUGAACGCGUCAUCAAAGGCUUGUGAAAAAGGUCCAUUGCACCUGGGAUUGCACAAAAUAUCAAAAUAUUGCAAAUAUGCAUAUCACAAUGGUUUUCAAUAACUAGU